GAAAUCGCUUCUAAAUUACAUCUAUCCUCCACUCCAGUCCAACGCUUAAAAAAAGAAUGUUGUGAGCCGCUUUUUUUACGCUCAACGCUAGGUAAGCUAUGCUUAUUCAUCCGUACCAUUAUAAUACAAGGGCGAAGGGUGGUUAAUCCACUUCAUCAAUUCUUGGUGUUGCGAACCUCAUCG